CACCCUAUUCUCGAUGGUUCCCCUUGUGAUGCUGCGGGAAACUUCUUGAAUGGAGAUCAUCCUCCCGUCCCAGAUCAUCCUCAGGCUACCAAUGACACCUGGGAGCCAUUUACAUCGCGUGGCCACUUUGAGCUCACGGACUUUAUUUUUCAGUGGAAUCAGAUGUCCGGGAAGCAAGUUGAUGAACUCAUGCAGGUUUUAGGAUCCUUCAAGGAGUUCAAAGGCCGUCCUCCUUUCAGUAGUGACCGCCAUGUCCAUCAUACCAUUGACGCCAUCUCUUCAAGUGCUAACUUGCCACCUGGUCCAUCUGUUACCCCAUGGAAGCACACCAAGUACAAGGUGUGGUAUCGUGACCCCCGCGAGUUAGUAAGAAAUCAACUUGCAAACCUGGAGUUCGCUGAUAACAUUGACUAUUUGGCUCAACAAGUGUUUGGAGAGCAAGGUCAGCGUGUAUGGUCUGACUUUAUGACUGAAAAUUGGGCUUGGAGCCAAUCUAACACGCUGGCCAAAGAUCCAGACUGUCAUGGUGCAAUGCUUGUUCCCAUCAUCCUCGGUAGCGAUAAAACUACGGUCUCUGUGGCAACUGGCCAAAAUGAUUUCUACCCACUCUAUAUAUCUAUGGGUAACCUUCAUAACAAUGUCCGUCGCGCUCACAAGGAGUCUGUGAGCCUCGUAGGUUUUCUGUGCAUCCCACAGACCAUCCUCGAGACCUUUCGUCCUGCAAUGGAGAGACCAGAGGUUGUCAAGUGCGCUGAUGGUUACUAUCGACGGGCCGUGUAUGGCCUUGGUCCAUACAUCGCCAAUUACCCCAAACAAUGUCUACUUGCUUGCAUUGCUCAAAAUUGGUGUGCACGGUAA